GUACGCCGGUGUUUCCGAAUCUCAUGAAUAUUCCUGAAACCCUGUCAUAUGCCUUACUCGUCAAGUUCACACGUUCCUUUACUCCCUUCAGAUGCGCGCCAUAAAUUACAGCUCCGAAAAUGCUACAAUGAUUCAACAAGUAUUGGAAAAACAGAUUUAAGACGGCAUGUGCGGGAUACUGAGCAUGACUCUUCUUUGAGACUUGGUAUUAAACGGAGGUAUAAUUCGCGUGGCAACAGUAAUGCGGUCAACUAUCAUCCUGGAGAACAAAAGCGUAUACGAAAAUCGAGUCCCAAUUAUGGAUACCCGAGCACAGAAAGUCAUAACUCUGAUGAAGAAUGGAAUCUGGGAAUAAACAAAAAUGUUUCUCGUAAAGUAACCAAUUUGUCUAGGAAUCCUUCGAUAAGCGGUAUUCGACCACAUGGUUACGGUAGCCGCUUUCAUGGUCAUGAUCCGAAUCAAGCCGUUAUGCUGAACAAAUUCAAAAACUACAGAAUGGAUGUUAAUAAUGCCAAUCAAAAUAUAGAUAACGAACAACUUUUGAUGUUGUAUUACAGUCAUAUGUAUCAACAGUACUACCGAACCUAUACGGCGACUGCUCUCUCUCUGUCAAAUUAUCCUAAUGCUGACUUGCUACCUGCUGUUGCGGCUGCAGCCGCUAACAACUCAGGUAUUCCACCGGAUUUGACUUCUCUAGGAUCAAUACUAUCAAGUGGUAACAGUUUCGAUUUUUCAAAACAUAGUCGAGAUGUAGAUAUACGCGGAAGGCGUCUAAAAAAGUAUCGUAAACAUGGGUCAUCUGAUCUUUCUUCCCGUUCACCUGAACAACACUCACAUUCUCGUACAUUUCGAUCUAAUAGAACAAAUGACUCUUCUCGUUCCUCUGUAAAAGAUUCAGUGCCAAAAGGGAAAGGAUUUAGAAAAAGGGAAUCACCUAUUAAAUUGAAAAAGACAGAAUACACCUCUGAAGAAAGUGAUGACAAUCGCCCAGAUUACGUCAGUAAUGAGCAACUUUGUGAAGAGAACUCUGCAAAUGAUGAUGAUGAUGAUGAUGAAAUUCAACAGAAAUCUUCCAGACGCGUUGUUCGUAGACACUCAACUGUUGAAACUACUACUUCAACUAGACAAAAAGGAGAGUCAGUUCAUAAUGAAGAUAAUUCCAAAUUGGUAACUUCAAAUACAUCUGAAAUUGUUACUGAAUCCAAACAGUCGUUCGGAGCUAAUAAUGAAGUUAGCACUACAGAUGCAGUAUCACUUAAUGAAACUGAAUCUGUUGAAGAAGGUGAGGCCAAGGAUGAUGAUACAUAUAGUGAGGAGAGUGAAGAAAAUGAAGGUGUACUUGAAGAGUCCUCAAGCGAAAAUGAAGCAAACAGCUCACGUGAAACAGUUAGCUCGCAUCAACAAAGCAAGAAAAAAGUGAAUAAUGUUUCGGAAUCAAAAUCAUCUAAAGUACAAAAAGCUUCUACGUCCUCAACAUCUAACCGAGCUGCGCCAGAAGAAGGUCGGAGACGGCAUGUUGAAGUCUUGCCUACUGACACUUUACUUCCUACGUCCACUGAGUUUGAUCAUGAACGUGGGCCACUUUUACCUACACCGGUGGAUGUGGAUAGACGACACUUAAGAUUUCGUAACACUAGUAGUGAUUUAUCAUUAUUUCCUGGCUGUGCUACAGCACCUCCUAUUCCAAAUGUCUUGGAAGCUGCCGCAUUAAUGUCAGGCCUCUGUCCAUCUCUCUUUCCAUCUAUGAAUCCACCAAACUUGUUGAAUACUCUUAGAUGUCCUCCUGUUGAUUUCGCCCCACCAUUUUGUGAUCUAUUCAAUUUACCUAAUCCAAUUGAAAUUCAAAAACAAAUGAAUUGUUUGAAGUUGAACUGUCAUCCUCCAUCCGAGUCCUCGGAAUCUAAAUCUGGACGAACCAAACAUGAAAGUUCCAAAAUAAGAAGCGACGUCAGGGAAAUUCGUUCCACGUUCAAUAAACACUACAAUAUGAAAACUCGAUGUGGGAGUAACUCUGACUCUGAAAGUAGUUGUUCUUCUGGCUCAGAAUAUCAAGCUAAUGUAGUACGCAAAUCUGUUAAUAAACCACUGUCUUCAGAUAGGUGCAUGUAUGAAGCAUCAAAGAACAAGCAUUCAGGUAAAUUUUCAACAACACAUAAAGGGAAAGAUAGAAUGAAAAAGGAACAGGAACUAGUGUCCGAUAAACAGGAAUUAUCCCGUAAAUGUAACAAAUAUAUGUCUCCUGCCAAUGAAGCCGGCCCGUCAGAUACAAAUUCCAAUAUACCAGUCUCGCGCGUUCCGCGAGGUCCAAGAACACCAUCUAGUCCACCAUUAUCUUCUCAAGAUGAAGGCGAUUCUGGUGGUACAUGUUCUCAUUAUGAUUUGUCCCGUGAAUCUUGCUCUAAAAGUUCUCUUAAGAUGCACCGACAAAAUGAAAUAACCAGUUCCAUAUCAAAUUCAAAUGAAAAUUUAUCUGUGCGGAAACCUGCUGUGUGUACAAAUCUCCAAUCAUCUAAUUACAAAUCGCCCAAGAAGCGCUCCUCAAAUCAUAAUACUAGAACAAUACGUACUCGAGAUUACCACAGCUCCAACUGUUCCAACUCAUCCACUUCUGCGUCGACUUCUCGAUCUAAUUCUUAUGAAGCCCCGAAUGUUUGUAAUAAUUCCAGCAAAAGACGACCUAGAAAUCGACAUACUACACAUUCCAAUGCAGGCAUGUCCUACGAAGAUGAUUCCCCAAACCAAUCAUCACAGUUUGCACAUUUUCGUAGAGAUGAUACUGGUGAUAGUAGUGACAGUUCAGAUCAACGAAACCGUGCACUACCUGCAGCAUAUGCAAAUCCUCAUCAAGUUGACCGACAUCCAUCACACUCGUCUGGUGAUGUUGAACCUCCACCUGCUCCUUCUCCUCGUAGUUCAUCUUCCUCUUCCUCUUCAUCAUCCUCUCGUUCGUAUUGUCAUAUCCGCUCAAGUUCAAGUAAUCCUCCAGAAAAUAACAAGCCCCAAGUAAUCUCGUCUGGUUCUUCACGUCAUUCAUCAACAUCUGAAUCACAAGACAGAGGUAGGCAUACUCUAUCGAAGUCACAACGACAGGGUUUCAAGCCGAAAUCAAAGAAACUGAGUGAUAGUGAUGAUCACAAUCGACAAUCACGCCCUUUAAAAGAGAAGAAAAACAUGACUACAUCCAUCUGUCGUAGAAGCUCUGAUUCUGACGAUAAUAUCGAUGACAAAAAUAGAAGAGAAGUCUCAGAUCAGGUUCACAGUUACCGCGAUUCUUCGUCAGAUCUUAAAGAUAUUUCUUCAAAAGAGUCAUCCAUUUUAAGACGUGGAGAAGAUGGAUGUUCUGACGUUUCUGAGGAUAGAAGUUCAACGUCAGGUGAUCGAAAUGGACGUAGACAGUCCUCUCGUUCUCCAACUUCUUCUUGCAGUUCCUCUAGAAGUACUGACCGUAAUGUUUCAGACCUUAGAAACAAAGAAAGAGUGAUGCAAAACAAAUACAGACGUUCCGAGCGAAAGCCAUGUACUCCUGAUUCAUCAUUGGCGAAUAAUCGCAAAUAUGGACAGAUUAAGAACAGAAAUGAACAUACGGUUGAAGAAAAACAUUUUAAUACCAACCGUAAACGAGCCCUACUUUCUCCACCAACAAGCAGAAAACCUGGAACUAAAAUAUGGAGGUCAAGGAAAGGUUAUGACAAUGAAGUUCCCGCUUCGUCUUUACGACAUCCUCAGCCUCCCAAUUCCCACCACUCAGUGAAUAAAAAGGUUUUUCAUGGACACGUCCCAUCAAAAACAUUCAGAAAAAAUCAUCGAGAAAAAAGUUCUUCUUGGUCAACAACAGCUCAUGAACGUCAUACUCGAGAUGAUUUUUAUGGCAGUGGAUCAUUUAAAUCUGGAACUAUGCAUAGUGAUGUGAUUGAUAAUUCAUCUCGACCGAGACCGCCUCGUUUCGGAAAUUCGACCAAUAACAAAGAUACCAAUGGUAUCCGACAAAAUUACGCCUCUAGGAAUUAUCCUGUAAAACAUUCACACAAUAAAACAAAUGUACAUGACUCCAAACUACAUUGGUCUAAAAGUGGUAACACAAGAAAUUUUCGCCCACCAGUUACCUCUUCAAGUCGAUCACCUGUUGAUAGAGUUCGAAAACCGAUUGGAUCAUCAAAUGAUCAUCGUCGUCAUCAUCAUCAAAAUACACGUAAAGGACAAACAGAUAUUGUUUGGGAACCUGGCCCUAAGAGUAUGAAAAAAUUGAAUAAUAAUUAUUCAACUGGAGUAUCCAGUUCUAAAGCACUUUUGAAAACACCUGAGACAACUUCACGGCGUGUUGAUCAUCAUCACCAUCAUCAUCAUCAUCAUAGUCAACAUGAAUCGUCUCGAGACUCGGAAUCCCAUAAUUCUGAUUCUUCUUCAAGUAGCUCAUCAUCUCCUGAAGAAGAUGACGAUGAAGUUGUAGAUGAUGCUGACGGUCAUCUAAUUUAUAGUAUUGGUGAUCGUUUGUUAAAUCGAUAUGAAAUUGUUAAGACACUUGGUGAAGGUACAUUUGGUAAAGUUGUUGAAUGUAAAGAUCAUGUAGAAAAUCGUAGAAUUGCUUUGAAAAUUAUCAAAAAUGUCGAUAAAUAUCGUGAAGCUGCAAUGCUUGAAAUCAAUGUUUUAAAUUUCUUAAAUGAACGUAGUGCAAAUGUUGAACAUUUAUGUGUAACCCUAUUGGAUUGGUUUGAUUAUCAUGGACAUAUUUGUUUGGCAUUUGAUAUACUUGGAUUAUCGGUUUUUGAUUUUUUGAAAGAAAAUAAUUAUGUUGGUUAUCCAAUGGAACAUGUUCGUCAUAUCUCUUAUCAAUUAUGUUAUGCUGUCCGAUUUUUACAUGAUAAUCAAUUAACGCAUACAGAUUUAAAACCAGAAAAUAUUUUAUUUGUUGAUUCCGAUUAUAUUUCUGUGCAUAAUAGAAAAAAACGUCGACAUGAACGUAUGGUAAAAUGUUCCGAUAUACGUUUAAUUGAUUUCGGUUCAGCAACAUUUGACUAUGAUCAUCAUUCAACUAUUGUUUCGACAAGACAUUAUCGUGCACCUGAAGUGAUUCUUGAAUUAGGUUGGUCUCAACCAUGUGAUGUUUGGUCAAUUGGAUGUAUCAUGUUUGAAUUGUAUACAGGUUAUACACUUUUCCAGACUCAUGAUAAUCGUGAACAUUUAGCUAUGAUGGAACGUACUUUAGGCCAUAUUCCUUAUCGAAUGACUAGAAAGUCACGUCGAACCAAAUACUUUGAUCCAUCGGGCAAUCUUUUAUGGGAUGCACAAUCACGUGAAGCUAAAUAUGUUUUGACUCAUUGUCGUCCAUUUCGGCGUUAUUGCAAAGAUGAAAGUCAAGAUACACUUGAUCUAUUUGAUUUAAUGUCAAAAAUGUUAGAAUAUGAUCCAGCUGAUCGUAUACCAUUAUCUGCAGCACUAACACAUCCAUUCUUCUUACAUUUACCUUCACAUCAACGUUUAACUUAUACUCAUCAUCCUUCCGAUACACACCUGCUCCAACCUAAUGAACGUCGUACAUCUGGUUCACGUGGUGGUGGUGGUGGUGGGACAAAUAGUCAACAACCAUCAACAACAGCGAAUAAUGGUUCAUCAUCCUCAUCGUCGGUAUCCUCCGAUGUGAAACGUAAUCGAUAAAGAUCUACAUGAUAAUGUUAAUAGUAAUAAUAAUAAUAAUAAUAAUAAUAAUGACAAGUAUUUUUUAUUGUUUUUUGUCGUUGUUAUUAGUAGUUAUCAGUUGGGAUUAUUGUUGCUGUUUUUUUUUAUUUUUCACGUACUAAAACACACCAUUUUUCUUUCGCAAAACAAAAAAUAUCAACAAGUACAUACUGGAAAAUACUACUCUAUCCGAUUUGUUUUUGUGAAUGGAUUGUUUUUUUUUCAUUGGGGUACACCACACACUGUGUGUAAUAUU